UGACACGUGGAAGUUUGCAUAAGAAGAUAGAAAUCCACACAUCUCGAAUGAAGCACAAGCUCCCACGCUCAUCAGUCACUCCCCGUGGGUCCCACAUUCUUCGCAAAAACUCCCAAAAUUUACAAUCAAUUUCUGCUGUUCAGCUCAGACCGAAACGAAGAAGAUCAAUUCAAAACACUUUAUCCAAACCCUAAUCGAUGUCAAUCAAUGAUAAUCUGAAUUGUUCUAUCUUCGUUGUCCUCUUUUUGAGAAGUCAGCGACAAGGUUUUUAACGGUUUACGCUUGUAAUUCGGUCGAGAUACAUGAAGAGCAAACUGCGACCGAUGCCCAACACAGCUUAAUAAUAUGCUAUUUUCAGAUCACGAAACCGACAUUCAGAAAAUGGGAUAUGCUUUUAGCAAAUUGGAGGUGAAUUCUGGAGUACUCGAUGGCUCCAGUUCUACUAACGAGCCCGAUAGACUUUCGAAUUCCUCCGGCCAUGAUAUUGCUCACCUGACGAAGCUUCGAACCGGGCCCCACGUAAAUUUGAGCCGGGCUUUGCCAGGUCAGCGUGAGUUCCCCGUUUCGACGGUGAAGAUGUUGGCUGGUCGUGAAGCAAAUCUUUCCGGAAGAGGGAGAUUCUCAUCAGGAGACUGUCGUCAUGUUUUGAGUAAAUAUUUGCCAGUUAAUGGUCCGUGUGUUGUGGACCAAAUGUCAAGUAGGGCUUACGUGUCACAAUUCUCUGCCGAUGGUUCGCUUUUUCUUGCUGCAUUUCAGGGAAGUCAAAUUAGAAUAUAUGAUGUCGAAAGAGGAUGGAAAGUUCAGAAGAAUAUUCUUGCAAGAAGUUUGAGGUGGACGAUCACCGAUACAUGCCUGUCGCCUGAUCAAAGACAUCUUAUUUACGCUAGCAUGUCGCCGAUCGCCCAUAUUGUCAACGUUGGAUCUUCCACUAAAGAUUCUCACGCAAAUGUUACUGAAGUACAUGAGGGUUUUGAUUUCUCCUCUCCUAAUGAAAGUGGAUAUUCUUUCGGAAUAUUCUCUCUGAAAUUUUCGACCGAUGGGCGAGAAGUUGUUGCUGGAGGCAGCGAUGGAAAUAUAUAUGUUUACGACCUCGAAGCGAAAAAACUCUCUCUUCAAAUCUCGGCACAUGUGUCUGAUGUAAACUCUGUAUGCUUUGCUGAUGAAAGCAGCCAUCUCAUUUAUUCUGGAAGUGAUGACAAUUUCUGUAAGGUUUGGGAUAGACGAUGCUUUAGAGCUAGAGGUAAACCUGCAGGGGUGCUUAUGGGCCACCUUGAAGGGAUCACAUUUAUCGAUAGCCGUGGAGAUGGUCGAUAUCUAAUAUCCAACGGCAAAGAUCAAUCCAUCAAAUUGUGGGAUAUCCGUAAAAUGUCCUCCGAUGCUACUUGUUAUCAAAGAUACAGGAAUUAUGAAUGGGAUUACAGAUGGAUGGACUACCCUCCUCAAGCAAGAGACUUGAAGCAUCCGUACGAUCAAUCAGUAGCUACAUAUAAAGGCCAUUCCGUCUUACGCACUCUAAUUCGUUGUUACUUCUCGCCAGAAUCUAGCACCGGCCAGAAGUACAUCUACACCGGUUCUCAUGAUUCUUGCAUCUAUAUUUAUGAUUUGGUGAGUGGAGCUCAAGUUGCGAAGCUGCAACACCAUAAAUCGACGGUGAGAGAUUGUAGUUGGCACCCGAAUUAUCCGACACUGGUUAGCUCUUCUUGGGAUGGAGAUAUCGUCAAGUGAUUCCCUGGAAACGGAGAGGCCCCGUCACCUGCUAACAAGAAGAUACUUCGAAGGAGACAUUUUUACUAAGAUAUACACACAACCCCUUUUGUAAGUUCAUAUGUAUGAUAUGACAGUACCGUAAUUAAUGUUGUAAUAUUUCUCAGAUUAUUAUAUCAAUAACGUCGAAUAAGGGAAUUUUUUUUUUUAAAAGAAA